AUGUGUUGCGGUCUACACAGGCUCGGCCUGGCUGUUGUGUGGCAUGUGGCAUACUUCUCUGUUCUGUCUCUGCCGAUUAGAGAGAGAGAGAGUUCAGGGCAGCUGCCGACAAUUCUGCCAGAUUUUGACGGCGACCGGCUGCUCGCUGUAGCAAGGCAGUUGAAGGCGGCUUUAAAACUGAUGUCAUUCGUACUUCAAUACAGGAGCCCUUUGGAUAUGUUCUGCUUGGAGCGGGAUGAAGCACAUUCUAUUUGGGGUAUGCUCCACGUUGAGAUCUCGGCAGAUGAAACACGCUUGCUAUCCGCGGCAACGCUUGAGAUCGCUUCCUUAAAUUCAGGGGACUGGAUGCUCCGCCGAAAUGAAACGGAUUAG